AUGUCCACAAAUCAAACCACGCGAUUCCCUCCAUCGCAGAAUCCACCACCACGUCCCUCCUCGCAGGCAACCAUGAACCACUCCAAUGCCUCCUCGAGUAGCGCGACGAACAAGAACAGGCAAUAUGCGCACCUCCACGCGCAGCUAGCGCAACUAAACGCGCAUCUCGCGGAUACGGAGAACCUGGUUCGUGCGACGGCCGCUCAGGCGCAAGACAUGAGAUUCUUGGGUGGAUAUGUCGGGGCAUUGUUUAUGGGGAGUGCGCGUGUUUUGGGCGAGGAUAGCGUACGAGGCAGGGAUGGGUAG